GUGAAACAGAAUUUGCCGCCAUCAACUGACUGUAAACAACGUUUCCCUCCGUUGUGUGUUGUGCUGUUUGUUGUUUGAUUUUUCACUCAGAUGUAUCCGUAUUUUUAACUUAUUCGAACAUGGAUUUUUUAGACAUUGUAAGUAAAUUUCAACUGGAGAAGCUCAAUAGACAAUGGGUGGAAAGAGUUCAUCGCGACGACUUCACCAACGAGAAGACACUGCCGGACGAGUAUGAAUUGCUUUUCCUCGACGAUUCGUCCGAAAGCCUGUACACGCUGAUGAAAAAUCUCUGCGAUUCGAUUAAAGAAUGGCUCAGAGAAGAUUUAAAUUCAUCGAAUUUAUCACAGGACUCGAGCACGUCGGUGAGGAAAUCCUGGCAGGCGCUGAUCAAGCAUCAGUUUGACUACAAAGGCCUGAUCGCAGUGCUGAGCACUUUCAUCAAAAUAGAUCUGAAAGAGUUGGUCGACGAAGAAGCGAGACUUUGCGCACUCACGGCCGCAGACCUGUACUUUAUACUCAUAUCCAUUCACGGUUCACAAAUAUUCAGUGUUUUCAAUUCUAUACUCUUUGGACAAGCCGUGGAGCAGUUUAGGAUUGUAAGCCUGAUCCAGUCAUCCGGUACAGCAAAGCCUUCGCAUAAAAAGUCAAAAAAGAAAGAGGCGGAAGAAGAAACCGACUGCAACACUCAAGAUAAUACAGAGCAGGAAGUCAUCAGUAGUGACGAAAUAAAUAAAAUUUUUAAAAUAUUGGCCUUGACGAUUGAAGACUUGGAAGAUUCUUUAAAUAAUCUUCAACUAAAGAAUAAUAGAGAAAUUUUAGUUCAGAUUGUUCACGUACUUGUUUUUUUAAUCAAAUCAGACAAGACUACUUUGGCGUUUCCCAAAACCCUACCUAAACAAACCAACAUCACAUAUCUCGCUUAUAAAUCCUAUGAGAUAUUAAACAGUUUUUGCAAUCCCAGACAUGGAGAUCUCAUGGAAAUUGUCAGAUAUCUCAUGAAAUCAUUAUUAUCCGAACUCAUAUGGAAAGAUCAAGAUCUCCAAAUGAGUUUCAAGUAUAAAAAUUAUAUCAGAGAGCAUAUUCUGUGUUUCAUAAAACAGAUUUUACACAAUGUUGGCAAACCUGCUUAUGGAGGGGUUAAAGGCCUGCUGCAGCAAUUGUGUAUCAAGACUAACGAAAAGGCAGACCUUAGGGCAAAAAGUUUGCAGCAAAUCGUUGACAUAUUAAUUUUUCUUCCCGAUGAUUUAUUUAAUGAUUGUUGCCUAUGGAUACUUAGUCUGUCCCAUGCAUAUGAAGUUAAAAAUAGGGUAGUCGCUGUUGAAUUAAUUUCUAAACUUCUUCUGUUAGACGAAAGAGAAACUAGAAGCGAGGAGUAUAACCGUGACAAUGAAUCAGUAGACAAUUCAUCUAGAAAUGGUGAUGUGUCUGAAGAUGAAAAUAAUAUAAACACUGUGCUAAAUCACACUAAAACCCUUAACCAUAAAUUUCUUCUAACUGCUAUAAUUUCAAGGUUUGAUGACAUAUCGGCCACAGUCAGAGCAAAAUGUUUAAGCAUAUUUGCUUCCUUGCUCACUUCAAAUAGUGCAAUUAAAAGAAUCACUGUCGAUUUAUUCGUUCAAAACAAAGUUGACGAUAAUAGAACAAUUUUUGAUUUUAAAAAGUUUUUUUGUAAUGCCGAUGAGAUCAACGUUCCUGAGGAUCCAUUGCCGAAGGGUAGUUUGAUAAUGGAAAAAGUUGAACUGUUGAGUGCAGAUCCGAAAGUUUUCGUAAGAAAAUCAGCUCUUCAAAUUUUGAUAAAUAUAUGCAGGCUAGAUUCAGACUGGAUCACCGCAAAAAGAAUUGAUAUAUUUGUGAAGGCGUGCAAAGAUAAUUCAGUUAUCAUAAGAAAGCUGAUGGUUCAAGGCAUUACAGAAUUGCUCCUGACUGCAACGGAAAGGGAAGAUCUGCAGAAAGCAUGGGUAACCAGUGUUUUCCCCCUAAUUGCUGAUAAUGAGGUGAAAUCCCAGGAAAAAGUUAUAGAGACUGUUGGCAACGUCAUUUUGGAUAAUAUGAAACCCCAUUCUCAUACAGUCCAGUCAAAAGAAAUUUUACCGUGGAAAUUAAUUUCACUCGUCUCAAGUCUGGGAUUGCGCCGUCUCUUCAGAUUUGUGUGCCGUCAAUGGGCCAUCCUAAAAUAUAUUUCGGCUGAUGUUAUAAGAAUUCUACAAAGCCAUAUUGGAACUGAAAACAAUCUCUCUGCAUGGUUUCUUCUUGUCUGCAUAUCUGAAUUUGAAACCCUAAAAAACCCUAAUUUCAUAUUGGAAUAUUUUUUUGAAAAUGUUUAUAACAAUACUUCUUUUGACGAAUAUUGCAGCCAGCUCGUCAUGGAAGCCGUACAUCUUAAUUGGAAAGAAUGUAAAGUCGAUUUAAUCGAAAAUCUUUGUACAAAGUUAAAACUUUCGGUUGAAAAUUUUCAAGUACCAUUUACACUUAUAGCACGGUAUUUUGAUAUCUGUGUAAUGUAUGAUAGCACAAAUGCAAAAAGUUGGGCUGUAUCUUUAAUAGAGUCAUGUGAAAAUUAUCUUCACAAAGUAUUACAUAGUAAUACUGAAAUCAGUGAAAAUCUGGAACUCGGUGUAGUGCAGCGCAUUUUCACAUUAGGAGAGGCUAUUCAAAUUUCUCCAGGUGUAAUAAAGGAAGAUACUAAAGAUAUGCUUGUAACAAUUGUUGAUAUGGAUCCUAAAGAUGGUGAGGCUGAUAAAGGAACAAAACAAAGUUCAUUAGUAACUGCAGUGACUGUAAUUACGCUAGGCAAACUAUGCCUUCAGGAUCAACUAUUGUCAAAAAAAGUAGUACCUGUUUUUGGAUCUCUACUUGUUAAAAGCCCAACUCCAAUCAAAAUCAAUUCACUAAUUUCAUUAGCAGAUUUGUGUGUAAGGUUUACCUCAUUAGUUGAACCAUACCUUGGAGAAAUGGCACUUUGCCUCAAAGAUCAAGAUUGGAAAAUACGGAAUAAAACAUUAACAUUGAUAACACAAUUACUUCAGGAAGAUUAUAUUAAAUUAAAGUCACCAAUAUUUUUCUUCAUACUAUCCAUGAUCAAUGAUUCGUGCUUAACAGUUAAGAAAAAUGCAGCAAUGUUUUUGGUAAAUACUGUUUUAAAAAAGUAUCCAAGGAUAAUGGGUCAAGAAUUUAUAAAAGCUAUUCUCUUCUAUAAUUCAUACCACGAGAGUUAUGGAUUUUGUCAAUUUGAAAUCAGCCCUCGUGAACUCGAUGCUUUUUGCAUACCUGGAAAUACUAACAAAGGGUUAAGAAGAAAUCUAUAUAAAUUCAUGAUGAAUAAAAUGGAUGAUGAGUUGAAAUUUAAAGUAACUUGUCAGCUAUGUUCGGAAAUUUUAGAUAAGGUAUGUGAAGGAAAAAUUCCGCUUGAACAGACUGGUAUUAUUGUCUUAGAAGACGCUUUAUAUGCUAUUGCAUGUGAAGGAUUAAGAAUUUCCAAUUCCAGAGGGUCGAAGGAUGACGAUGAAAAUGAAUUAACGAAUGGAACUACUAAUAAUGCUGUUAAAAACAUUAUGGAUCGUAUUGGGAGGGAGGUUUUAAAGAAAAAUUAUAUGGAACACUGCAUUCCCAUCUUUAUAAGAUUGAAAAGGAAAUUGACUGAAAUCAAAUCACCUUUAAUAACUAAUUUGAUGGUCGCUCUAAAGGAGUUGAUUAAAGACUACAAAGAAGAAAUCGAUGAAAUUUUGGCCGGAGAUUCUGAACUCGCUGCAGAAAUCGCUUUGGACUUGCGGAAUCUCGAAGAAAAUGGUAACGAGUUGACAAAUGCUGAUGAACAGCCCGCUCUGGACAACUUACCAAUGAGUGUAAAAGAUUUGAAAUUGACAUGUGAAAAAUUGGCCGAUCAAAUUGUCCAGUCUACUGAUGUUUACUUAGACAAUGCAUUACACGAUGUCAACUCAAUUGAAACAAGAGACAGCUUGGUUGUUAACCAUGUUUCAAGUCUUAGCCAGCCAUGUACAAAUGGAAAUGUUCAAAUUGAACAAGAACAAUCUAGAGAGUCACUAUCAACUCAGCUACAUGAACCUGUUCAAUCACGUUCACCCUCUUAUAAUGAUGGAACGCAUGAAAGGAGGAUAUCAAAUUCACCACUCAUCAAUGAAAAUAGGUCAAAAACGUUAGAAGCCCAAAAAAAAUCCUGCCCUUCACUGUCGUUUAAUGAUGUGAUGCAUUCAACACAUAAUGACACUGGUGUGCAGGACAAAUUACCACCACCCUCCCCUAUAAUUAACAAGUCACCCCAAAUCACAGAAGUGAAAAUGGAGAAUAACACGACAAAAGACAAUAGGAGAAAAAGGCGACGUAAUUAAUGGGAGUGCAAAUUGGCAAAUUUUAUUAAAAUCGUGACGCGCAGAACCAACUGUGGCAGGUGAAAGCGAUCCAGAUGCAGGCGUCAAGACAAGCAACACUGAAUCUGAUAAGCCAUCCGUAGCUUCCAUUUUGCAUGCAGAAUCAGAAAUUAUGGCUACAAGUCCCUAGUGGAUGGAAACCAAAGCACACAUUCCGGGAUAACCUCUGUAGAUUUACAUGGCUCGUCACUGCCAUUACAGAGUUCCUGACCCGACUGAAAUCGGUAGCACAGGCACCCCUUGCCCUACCUGGCACAAUUAUAUUUAAAUGUCUUAAUUUGAUUGGUAUCAGCCUUAAGGUUAUUAUCUUUAUAAUGUUUGUACAUACAUGAAGUUAUUAAUUUCACAUAGAGAUCACAAGUAAUUAACAUAAAUAAAUUAUUCGUUACUAAAUUAAUAACAGCCAAAAGCUUAGCUGUACUUGAGUAAUACAUAAUAAAACACAUAAUAGUUGGUAGCAACCAAUGGAGUAGAAAAAUAACAUGGAACAUUGGCCAAUUAAUAACAAUAAAUAAAUUUUUAAAAAAAGAAGACACUUAGAUAUCAAGCGACAGCCUUGAAAAAGAUUUAAAAUUAAAUCAAAACGUCGGCCAGGAUUCGAAGUCAUUUUCUUUGUGCCAACAACCAUUGACCGAUAUUCCCAUCUCACAACGAUACAAACAUCACAAUUAUAAUAAAACACCUGAACAAAAAAACUGAACAUCAAUAAUUCUAUCAGACAGCCUCAGUGUUUUUCUCUCCAUAUAAAGGACUUGCUGAUUACAAAAAAUAAGCAGUGCUUAUAGGUAUGAGUAAAAGUGAAACGGAUGUCUUCCUGAUUUGGGUAAAAGCUCAUAGCAUCAACAUAUAUAACAAAUAAGUUAUCUUAUCAAAAGGCCUGCCUGUUCAGGUUCUGGAAAAGCAAUGUUUAAACAAUAAAUGCUCUUGUAGACAAAUAUGCAAGAGAUGGCAAAUGAAGUAUGAAUAAAAGACUCAAAAAGGGAAAGUAUAUGUGUACAUCCAACCAAAAAUACCAUCUAGAUUGUGUUUCAGUUUCAUCAACGGACCAAGAAACUUUUUUAAAUAUGUCUACAGACUUAACCUAAACCACAACAGUUUGCUAUACCACCUUUAUAAAAUCAGCAUAGCAGGCCCGACCCAUAUUCUUUUGGCCUAUCCUCUUCCCACCAAAUGUAAUAUAAUUCAUGAACACCCACCCAAUCAGAUAUGCUAAUUUUUAUACUAAGGGGGGUUACAUGAUAUAAACAACAGGGUUUUCAAAAAUGAUGGAUUAAUUUAUGGAAGAACAUUUUAGCACCUAGCAACAUUGUCAUCAGAUAAUCUAAGAGCUUCAAUUAUGUUAAAACUAGACAGGAAAAAUAAUAAAAGAGAUUUUAUA